UUCUCCAGUGUGUGUAUUUUGCUGCCCUAGUCUCUCUAAAUAUAUUAAUUAAGAGUGAACUGUUGACGACAACCACAGCUUAUGUAUGGAAGUGUAACUCCUAUCAACCUCAGGCAGCCAGAAACUUGUAUGUCUGCGUUCUGCACUGAGAUUCAGGUCUCGUGAUUCACAUUGUCUCAACACAUGUGCAAUAUGUGAUAUGAAAAUAUAGGUGCUUAUACGCUAACUUGUGAUCUGUGGUAAAUGUCAAAACAGAAUUGUAAAAUUAAGACUAAAAUAAUAUUGUGACUGUAUCAGUGUUGGAUAUUUUUAAAACUAAAUGGUUAUGGCCUACAAUUUUUCUGGUUUUUAGUCCAGUUUACUGAAUAUACCACAUCAUCUGUGAACUAAAAUAACAGAAGCAUCAUAUCAUCACAUAUUUAUAAAUACACACUUUUACUAAUGCAUAAUGUUCUUCAUGGCCUGAUGAAUCUCUGUACUAAUUAUAUUGGUGUAAAGCGCUUUGUUUCAGGUACCCUUCUUUCGUAGAAUGGAAAUAAGCAGUACCUUUUCAGUUGAUUACUGCAAAGCUAUUGGUUGUUGUGAUCUGUAAAGGGACCAGAACGGGAGAGGAGCCAGUACUUGUCUGACUUCCCUGCCAAGGUCUGUAUCGGAUUUAAGACACAUGCUUUCUUGAAGGUUGUGAAGAAAGUUUCAAUACAGAUUUGGAUUGCUGCAUUUUCCCUGCUAAAAAUAUAUAUUUUUUUUUCACUUGCAUUAUGGAUAUAGUGCUGUAGCUUUUUGUGACAAUUCAUUCCGAAAGAUUUCUCCUUGAAGAAGAAUUCUAGAUAAUGCUGGUUUAUUUAACUCUUUUUGAACACUUUUUCUUUUAAAAGCCAGUGACUUGUAUGUGGAGUUCUAUCGUUGACCAACUAAUUGGAAUAUCAAGUGUGCUAUUUGUGGACACCAAUUAGCUUUUCCUGUAAUUACUGUGCGGCUUUCUACAAGACUUUUUUUUUUUUUUUUAAAUCAUCAUGUUCAUUAAAAUAGGCAUUUUAAGUUGCACGUUAUCCAGCGCCUAAUUAUUGGACAGAUUUGGGGUCAAUAUGAAAAGAUUGUGGAUUGCGGCAAAUUUAUUUGUGUUUGUUUUACAUGUUCUUCAAGGAUUUGAUUAUGAAGAUGGUAAUAUGAAGGGAGCGUCGCAUACUGAAAUAGAAAAGAAAAUUAGAGCUGCAGCUAACCUUGAAGAACUCCUUAGCAUCACUCACCCCAAAGAGCUAAAGUUGUGGCGGUGCAGAUCCAAACUCAGAUCCUACAUCAGCUCAGAUUCCAAGUCUACGCCUCAACGUUUCACCAGAUUUGCAGCAGCUUUCUAUGACAUUUCCAUUCUAAAAGAUAUAGAUGAAGAAUGGCAGAAGACUCAGUGUAUGCCUAGGGAGACCUGCGUGGAUGUCGAAAAGGAUCUUGGUACAGGCGCCGGCAGCUUCUUUAAGCCCCCCUGCGUCUCUGUUUAUAGAUGUGGAGGCUGCUGCAAUGAAGAGGGAGUUCUUUGCGUCAAUACAAGUACAUCUUACGUAACGAAAACGCUUUUUGAAAUUUCAGUUCCAGUGACGCAGGCUCCAGAACCAGUUUUUGUUAAAAUUGCCAAUCACACCAGCUGCAAAUGCUCGUCCCCUUCUCCACGCCAGCCAUAUGGAAUUAUCAGGAGAUCAGUUCCAUAUUCAGAGGAUGGGUGCCCUCAUGAUAAUAAACUAUGCCCCCCUGGUUGGCAGUGGGAUAACAGCCAAUGUGAUUGUGUGUUAGAAAAGGAGUCACCAGUUAACAGAAGAAGGGAAGAGCUGGCUAUAUGUGGAGAACAUAUGGAGUUUGAAGACACAUGUGAAUGCGUUUGUCGCCGUACAUGUCCUGAACACUUUGUGCUGAACCCAGAAAACUGCAGCUGUGAGUGCCGGGAGACUCUAGACAGCUGUUCCCAAAAAAAGAAAAUAUUCCAUCCUAAAAACUGCAGUUGCGAAGAUGAAUGUCCAUUCCACGUCAAAGUCUGUCCUUUAGGGAAGCAAGUGUGCGCAAAAUAUUUUCGAUGUCCAAAGGAAAAACGGGGAUUUAGUUCAUCUCAAACCAGAGAAAAUCCCUGACAAGUCUCUUUCAACAUGUUCAAAUUCCCAAGGACUUUCUUAAGCACGUUAAAAUGUUACUAAAUCAAAAUGACACCUAGGCAGUUUGUAUAAUGGAUUUUACUAUUAAUCUGCCCAUGAAAGGUGACUGUUUCUUGGCAAUCCAUUACAUCCUCUCCCUGAAUCCAACAUUCCCCUGUAUAAAAAGCCACAGUCUGAUAUUUGGAUUUGGAAUAAGCUGUCAACUAUUGAAUCACGAAGUUUACUUUAUUAUGCACUGAUUUAAAAUAUCUUACACGUUUAUUUUUCUAUAUGAAUAGUACUUUAACAGUGCUUAGUGACAGAAUUUCAGGCUGUAACUAAACAUUGUUAAAGCACAAGCCUUUUCAGAAUCUGUAUAUUGUAUCAACACCGUGCCACAUUUUCUACAUAUCUUAAUGGUAUUGAAUAAAGCUUGUUUUUUUUUU